AUGGCAUGUGAAGUUGGUGACGGGGGUGGGCGAGACAAUGCAUCAAUUGGUUUGGAAUCACCGAAGAAGAAUAGGGAUAGGAUCAAGUUGUUGUGCAGCUAUGGAGGGAAAAUCCUACCGAGACCUUCCGAUGGCAUUUUAAAGUACAUCGGCGGCGAGACUCGUGUCAUUGCCUUGUCCCAUGAUGCAACAUUUUCAGAGUUGAUGAAGAAAGUAAAUGCAAUAGUUGAAGGGGACAUGGUGUUGAAGUACCAGUUAGUCCCAGAAGAUUUGGAUGCCUUAGUCUCUGUUCGAAGCGAUGAAGAUGUAAAGCACAUGUUCGAUGAAUACAAUAGACAAGAAAAUCAGGGCAUGACUCCAAGACUAAGAACUUUCUUGUUUCCAUCAAAGCCAAUCAUGAUAGAAAGCAACAAUAAUAGUAAUAAUCCCUUGGAGUUAGAGCAACGCUACAUUGAUGCCAUCAAUGGCAUAGUUCGUUCAUCGAAACAAGCUACACCCACAAUCAUAGGCAGCUCUCACUUGGCAAGCAUCAGCAGCAUUGGGAAUUGUAGUAGCCCCAUAGCCAGCUACAGCCCCCUCGCUAGCUUUUCCUCUGCUUGUUCAUCGCCCAAGUCAGAAUCGCCUGAACAUCAUUAUAUGGUGGUACAAGAAGCUAACCAAAUAUUACAGGCCAGUCGAUUUUCACUUCCUCCUGUUAUGCAUAAGGUGCAUAGCUCUCCAAGCAUUUGUAGUAAUCUUAAUCUACAACAAUACCAAAACCAAAACUUUGCUCACCGUCACCACCAGGUGGGAGGAUACCAGUACCAGCAACACCAAAUUGGUCAUUACCAAUUGUCUAGAAGCCUAUCAAGAAACUCACACCCCCACAACCACAGUAGAGGUAGUGGUCUAGGCACUCCCACCCCGCCCCUUAUGUCUCCGGGGGGAAGAUCCGAGUCCGGGAGCGUAAGGAGCUUAAUGGGUCAAAACCAGUCUCAUCAUAAUUCGACAUGCACUAGUCCAAGAUACCAAUACCAAAGACCAAAUGCAGGAGGAGGAGGAAGUUAUGGUUAUUCUGAUGAUUCUUAUACAUGUAGCAGGGUCGAUAGGGCUGAGAGUCUUCCAACAAGUCCAUGA